UCAUUCCAUUCUUCAAGGCUCGGUUUCGGUAAAUGUGUGGAAAGAUGGGAUUCAAAAGUUCUUCUUUUCUCUGUUUGGCUAUUUUCUUUGCAAUCUCAUCUUCCAUUCAUGCAUUUAACAUCACAAAAUUGUUAGGUCAAAAUCCCGAUUUUUCGACCUUCAACAAUUACCUCACCGAAACCAAGCUUGUCGACCAAAUCAACAGCCGCAACACCAUCACCGUCCUCGCCCUUAGUAAUGCCGCGAUCUCUUCCAUCUCUGGCAAAUCUCCACAGGUUAUCAAGGCCAUCUUGAGCACCCAUGUGAUCCUUGACUUUUUCGAUGAAAAGAAGCUCAUGGAGGCUCACAAUACUGGAGAAUUGUUGACCACCCUUUACCAAUCCUCAGGCCUCGCCGUUAACCAACAAGGGUUCCUUAGGGUUAAACUCAUCGGUGAGGGUGCGCUGGCCUUUGGAUCCGCUGUGAAAGAUGCACCGAUCGAUGAUGAGCUUGUCCAAACUGUUCUCUCCCAACCCUACAACAUUUCCAUACUCGAAAUUGUGAAACCUAUUGUGGCCCCUGGAAUUGAUUCACAAACCCCACCAGAGGGUGCUAAGGCUCCUGCGGCGGCAUCAGCCAAGGCUCCUGUGCCAACUAAGGGUGCCAAAGCUGAUGCUCCCACUCCUUCGUCAGAGGAAGUGACUUCUCCUCCUUCACCAUCUGAAGUCGUCACAGACUCCCCAGCUGAAGCCCCAACAGCUGAUGCUCCUGGUACCGGUGAUGCCAAAACUCAUCAUAGUAGCUCUUCAAGGACUGUUGUAGGUUUGGUUGGAGCAGUGAUGUGCUUUGCUUCUCUCUUGGCUGUUAUGUAGAGUGAUGAAUAAUGUAUAAGAGUCUAUAUAUUUUAAUUACUCCUACCGCCCCAAAAUAUUAGAGAAAGUUGGUCAAAGAAUCUUGAUGUAUCUAGUCCAAAUUUUUAACCAAAUAUACACCAACUUUCUUCGACCAAUUUUCCCUUAUAUUUUGGGACAGAGGGAGUAUAAUACAAGAAAUGGAUGGUUGGUUGUUUGAAUAAAGAAAAAACUUACUAUAAGGGUUGUUUUGUUAUUGAAACUAACUUCUUAUACCGGUUAAUAAAAAUCAAUAUGGUCACAUGGUAAUACUUAUCCUUGCUUCUAUAAAUUUUAUAAUGAUAAUUGUUGGUUGAUUCCGCAUAUUGCAACCUAUGCAGACAAUAUAAUUUAUGAAAAUUGAUCACAAUUA